AUGGCUUCCUCCAAGAUUAUCACGGCAUUUAUUGCCUUUCUAUCGUUGCUUACUAUGUCUGCUUUUGCUCUGGACGUAGCUUCUAGCACUAACUUGGUCACCUACUGGGGCCAAGGCGAUAACCAGGAGCGUCUAUCUUACUUCUGCCAACAGACAGAACAUGAUAUCAUUGUCAUUGGCUUCGUCAACGUCUUUCCCGACCAAGGCCUUGGUGGUUGGCCAGGAACCAACUUCGGAAACCAAUGCGGCAACUCCACUUAUGAAACCCUAGAUGGCCAGGAAACUGAACUCCUGAGCGGAUGCGAUAAUAUUAUAGAGGAUCUGCCCAUCUGCAGAGCUGCUGGAAAGACUAUCUUGCUUUCUCUAGGUGGCGAGAGCAUAAAUGGGCCUUACACUUAUAGUGUUAAGAGCAGAGAGUCAGCUGUUGAAUUUGCAGAUUUCCUCUGGGGUGCCUUUGGGCCACCUUCUCCUGGUUGGCAUGGGCCUCGUCCGUUCGGUGAUAAUGCAGUGGACGGAUUCGAUUUUGAUAUCGAAGUUAACGGUGGUGCAAAUUACCAAUACAUGGUCGAACGGUUACGAAGCCACUUCGACAAGGAUCCAUCCCGACGGUACUAUAUAUCUGGCGCGCCCCAGUGCAUUGUUCCCGACGAGCAGCUUGGUGACGCGAUCACCAACUCGGUUUUCGACUUCAUUUUCGUCCAACUAUACAGCGCACCUGAUUGUACAACCUACCUCUCGUCUGAUUGUCCAUCCUGCGGCUCGUCUGAUUGUUUAUUCUGCGGCUCAUCUGAGAGUUCAUACUACAACCCGUCUAAGAGCUCCGAUAGUUCGAGGUCCGGGUUUUAUAUAGGCUUUGAUAUUGAAGGGUGGAUCGAUUUCAUCCGCGAGAGCGCAAACCCCAAUGUAAAGUUCUUCAUUGGUCUUACUGCUAGGGAAAGGAUCGGGCACCUCAGUCUUGGUGAAGUUGAGAUAUUCAUCAGGGAAUUUAUCAACGAAUUCGAGGAUAACUUUGGGGGUGCGAUGGUUUGGGAUGCUCAAUCCUCUGAGGAAAACCGAAGUGAUGGGCGAAGCUAUGCUGCGAACGUAAAGCGGUUACUACUCGACCACGGUCCUUCUCAGCCAACUACUACUUCAACAAGGCCAACGAGUACCUCUGAGUCAAAGACACAAGCCAGCUCGACAUUCAUCACCACUACGAGCAUUUGGAGUUCUGGUGGCGGAAUUCCAACCAUCAGUACCACUCCAAAGUACCCAAACAUCACCUCAACGUAUAUCCCGGUAGAAACUCCAACGACGUCCGAUGUCACUAUUACACUGACCGUCACGCCUUCUAUGCACCAAAGCACAGAUACAAUAGCUCCUACUCCAAGCUAUACGACCAUGCCCAUGAUUCCGGCUUCAUCCUCCCACCCCGGAGAUCCCUCCACGACAUCUGUGACCGCCACGUCAUAUACUACCGUCUAUGCUACUGGAACCACCACAGUUACGACAACAACCUAUACUACAGUCUACUACCCCGAGACAGGAGCGCCAACAACUUUGACUCUCACUUACCCAGUCACGGUUGUCGGCCCAACGGUGACUGUGAUCCCCACGCCAGCACCAAGCGGCGAGCCUGAGAAUCCAACCACUCUGACCAGUGUUGCUCUUCCGCCCAGUCCUAAUGUAUCGGUCCCACCUGAAGGUAGCGACACAGUGGCUAACCCCACGUCUACUGCGCCUUCGAUGCCAGUUUACACCGGUGGAGCUUCGUUGCUAUCAUUCCCCAUUGCGGCAAUAGCUUUGGGUGUAGUCGCAUCCUAUGCAAUGAUGCUAUGA